AUGGACAGCCUCAAAUCAGUUGAACCUCAAAUGGAGAAUCUAAGUUUGGUAGAUACUGAAGCUAUGUCGCUGGAAAGUUUACCGACCGAGAUCAUUCACCGCAUUGCCUCUUAUUGCGAGGUCAAAGAUAUUCACAAUCUCACCAGUGUCUCUCAAGCGCUCAACACAUCAUGCAGCAAUCCUUACGUCUUUCAAGCUCAAUUUUGCCGUCAUGCGCCGAAUCCUGAGACUGAAGCGGUGCGAGACCAUUUUGCGCUCGCUCCAUUGAUCAACGCUGCAAUAACUACAAUCUAUCCGGCCAAGGCACCCAACCAACCGAGGCCGGAAGCAAGGACGAUCUGGUCCCAUCUAGCCGUCGUUGCCCCGAGACUCCCGGACCUCUCCGAUGAGCUAGACGAGCUAAUGCUGCCGUACCGAGCCGUGUCCUUCCAGCCGGCCGGCGGACUCAAAUUCCCCACCGCCGAGUUUUUGCAAAAGACGCGGAGCUUGGUCGGGACAUUUUCCACUUUCGCUGUUCUCGGAUGUAAAGUCAUAGUCUCGUUCUGGUCGCCCUCACUGAUCAUCUUUGCUAACGAGGAGACAGACAUCCCUGCCAUCGAUCUCGGUGUCGCGGCUGCUAUCCCCGGCCUGCUCAUCGCCCUCACCGAGCCUCACAACUGGUCUAUACACGUCUACAGCGAGACGGGUAUGGACCUGCUCGUGCGGCAACAGGCAUUCUGCCUCGCGCUGGGCCUCAUGCAAACGCAGGUCCUGAACAACAUGGGCGUCAUGACAUACCACCUCUCCAUGAUGGCCACCUGGGACAAGGAGGACACGGCCUUCUUCAAGUUCAAGCAGUCCUGGGAGGGCCGUCAGACCAUCGCCAUGCUGGCGCAGGCCGUCCUCGCUCAUCUUUUGCGCAGUAGUAUCCCCGGCCGACCGGUAAGCACCUAUCUGCCAUCACCCAGGAAGCUUCCAUUCGCAACAUGGCACGGCACAGGCGAGGUUGUCCUCGCGCUGCCGAAUCCUGCGCUACCCGAUACGGUCCAGCGUCGAAUCUCUGCCUUCUCCUCGUCUGAUGCCUGGCACCGUUGGAACCGCGCGUACGUGCGUCAUCUCGCGGACAAGUUGGAGGAGGGUGAGUGGUAUGGAUAUUUUACCUGGGAUACUGCGCGCAGCGAGACAACUUUUUUGGAAACCGGGCCCAUUGAGAACAUCCACUUCAAAUUGGGCGACAAAAAGUCCCCAAAACAGACAGUCGACGACAAUGUGCUCUUGGUAAGGGCAGACGGAUGCAAGGAGCCAGCUGGCACAUUCACUUUUGACGGCGAAUUCCAUAAAGAAUCGCAGAGCAUUGUGCUGAGGAAGAUUCACCCCGACGGAAUCGAGUACAACUUUCGCGGAUGGUUCACACCGCUUGGCAUCGCAGGCACACUCGAUCCUUCGCCGUGGGGGAUGCCGGGAUGGUUCUGGCUAUGGAAAAAGGAAUGGAUGAGCGAGGCGGAGUCGAGUUUGUAG